UAUUUCCGCCAGGGGGCGGGCCAGACCGCUCGGAACAGCGGCGGCGGCGGCUGACGCGGGGAUUCCGCGGCGGCGGCGACAGCGGUCGCGACGGGGUCAGUGUUCCCAGAUGAGCAUGGUGGCAGCCUGUGACUUUGGCUUCCUCUGGCACGGCUGGAAGAGCUGGCAACCUCGGGUGACUCCACUUGUGUUGGAGCGAUCGUCCUGACCUGACCCAGCCUUCUCAUGGAAGACACAGUGGCUGAGUGACUUGGGAGCAAGUCACAGACCCCUCCCGUGGGUCAAUGAAUGGUGCACACAGUGACAAGUAGCCCUACUUAGGGUCACAGUCAUGGAAAGCCAGGCAUGAGCGGCCCCUGAGGUCGCCUGUGACUUUCAGAAAUACAGGGCUGAGCAUCCCAAGUCCAGGUCCCUACACCAGCUCAUGGGGCCUCUGGGGCCCUGCGAAGUGACUACACUGUCCUAGACCCUCCCCCGGCAGCCAUGGCGGGCGCCGAGGGCUUUCAGUACCGUGCUUUGUACCCAUUUCGCCGGGAGCGCCCUGAGGACCUGGAGCUCUUGCCUGGGGAUCUGCUGGUGGUGAGCCGGGCAGCCCUGCAGGCUAAGGGCGUGACUGAUGGUGCAGAGCGCUGCCCGCACAACCUGGGCUGGGUGCCUGGCUUCAACGAGCGCACUAGGCAGCGAGGACGCUUCCCCGGGACUUACGUGGAGUUCCUAGGACCUGUGUCUCUGGCCCGACCUGGCCCUCGCCCACGAGGGCCCCGUCCACUGCCUGCCAGGCCCCGUGACAGUCCCUCUGAGUCAGGCCUCACACUCCCGGACCUGCCCGAGCAGUUUUCCCCGCCUGACGCCGCGCCCCCCAUCCUGGUGAAACUGGUGGAGACCAUCGAGCAAACAGGGCUGGACAGCGACUCCUACAGGCCAGAGCUGCCCGCACCCCGGACAGACUGGUCCCUGAGUGACGUGGAGCAGUGGGACACCGCCACCUUGUCAGAUGCCAUUAAGGGCUUCCUGCUGGCUUUGCCCACAGCCCUCGUGACUCCGGAAGCGGCGGUGGAGGUGCACCGGGUGCUGCGGGAGGCCGCGGGACCUGUGGGGCCGGUGCUCGAACCCCCGACGCUGCCGCUGCACCGUGCGCUCACGCUGCGCUACCUGCUGCAGCACCUGGGCCGCGUGGCCCACCGCGCCCCGGCCCCCGGGCCCGCCAUGCGCGCGCUGGCUGCCGUCUUCGGGCCACUGCUGCUGCGGGCGCCGCCAGCAUCCCCACCGCCAGGGGGCGCGCCCGACGGGAGUGAGCCCGGCCUCGACUUCCCCGUGGUGCUGGUGGAGAGGCUGCUGCAGGAGCAUGUGGAAGAGCAGGAGGCUGCUCCCCCAGCACUGCCACCUAAGCCUUCUAAGGCAAAGCUGGCACCCACAGGGCUUGCCAAUGGGGGCAGCCCAGCCUCUCUCCAGGACGCUGAGUGGUACUGGGGGGACAUCUCCAGGGAGGAAGUGAAUGAGAAGCUGCGGGACACACCCGAUGGCACCUUCUUGGUCCGCGACGCAUCCAGCAAGAUCCAAGGGGAAUACACACUCACUCUCAGGAAGGGCGGGAACAACAAGCUCAUCAAAGUCUUCCACCGCGACGGCCACUAUGGCUUUUCGGAACCACUCACCUUCUGCUCUGUAGUGGCCCUCAUUACGCACUACCGUCACGAGUCGCUGGCCCAAUACAACGCCAAGCUGGACACGCGUCUCCUUUACCCCGUGUCUAAGUACCAACAGGACCAGGUGGUGAAGGAGGACAGUGUGGACGCGGUGGGCGCUCAGCUCAAGGUCUACCACCAGCAGUACCAAGAUAAGAGCCGUGAAUACGACCAGCUGUACGAGGAGUACACGCGGACCUCCCAGGAGCUGCAGAUGAAGCGCACAGCAAUUGAAGCCUUCAAUGAGACCAUCAAGAUCUUUGAAGAACAAGGCCAGACGCAAGAGAAGUGUAGCAAGGAGUAUGUGGAGCGCUUCAGGCGCGAGGGCAACGAGAAGGAGGUGCAGAGGAUCCUGUUGAACUCCGAGCGCCUCAAGUCACGCAUCGCAGAAAUUCAUGAGAGCCGCACGAAGCUGGAGCAGGACCUGCGGGCCCAGGCCUCGGACAACCGCGAAAUCGACAAGCGCAUGAACAGCCUCAAGCCCGACCUCAUGCAGCUGCGCAAGAUCCGCGACCAAUACCUAGUGUGGCUCACCCAGAAAGGCGCCCGGCAGAAGAAGAUCAAUGAGUGGCUGGGAAUCAAAAACGAGACCGAGGAUCAAUAUGCACUGAUGGAGGAUGAGGAGGACCUCCCCCACCACGAGGAGCGUACGUGGUACGUGGGCAAGAUCAACCGCACGCAGGCCGAAGAGAUGCUGAGUGGCCAGCGAGAUGGAACCUUCCUGAUCCGCGAGAGCAGCCAGCGGGGCUGCUAUGCCUGCUCCGUGGUGGUGGAUGGAGACACGAAGCACUGCGUCAUCUACCGCACCGCCACUGGCUUCGGAUUCGCUGAACCCUACAACCUGUAUGCAUCACUCAAGGAGCUGGUGCUGCACUACCAGCACGCGUCCCUCGUGCAGCACAAUGACGCGCUGCCCGUCACUCUGGCACACCCGGUGCGGGCGCCGGGCCCGGGGCCACCACCGCCACCGCCACCACCACCACCGCCUGCCGCACGUUGAGCCUCCCUCCACCUGUCCUAGUGUCCCCUCCCCUGUCACCACCUCUUGCCCCCUGUGUCCCCAUCUCCCUAUCCCACGUUUCCUCCCCAUCACCACCCUCUGCCCUGCCUCUUGCAGGACCCCUGUCCCUUCCUGGCGGGCACCUGCCAUGUUUACAGAGGCCCUGGGCUGCGUGGCCCCAGUCCCAGCGCCACAUCUUUUUUAAGCCAUAGACCUGGGUUAAGGCAGGAAGGAACUGCGCUGGGCUGCUUCCAAGAAUCCGGGUACGGGCAGGCCCGCCCCACGGACCCCCACUUCCCCUCCAAAGGUGGAAGUGAAACCAGCCCUGCGUGGUCACCACUGUGAGACUGCAGCCCAGAACCCAGCCAGAGCCAGCCCUGGCGAGAGGUGUGGGCCCAAGGCUGUUGGGGCCCAUUAGCUUAGAUGGCACAAGAUGAGCCUCCUCCACCAUCACGCUGGGUUUUUCUUUUCCCCUAACUGUGUAGUCUCUUUGCUCCUUUCUGGACAAAAGUCCUGGGCUGUCCCACCCGUGGCCCCUCACCUGCACCUGCCCCAGGAGACUGAGUGGUGGGGGUUUUGUACGGUACCGUAUUGAUACAUAUAUAAAACAUUGACCAUG